CAAACAAUGCGAUUGGUUGACGAGGACAAGCCCCCAGUACACGAGGUUUAUUAAGGAAACAUAACCAAAUAAAGAAUACCCAGGGGUGUGGGAAUGAGUGGACAGCCCGUCAGGAAUUUGUUGCGUAGCUGUGUCCCGCGGGCAAGUUUUGUUCGCAAGUACAACGGUGUUAGUGGUGUAGCGCCAGGGGUCAAGGACAAAAAUGAGCAUCCUAACGUUCUCAUUACAGGAAGUCUUGGGCAGUUGGGGACUGGACUCGCCAAAGUAAUGAGACAGCGUUAUGGUCGGAACAAUGUAAUAAUGUCCGACAUCCUAAAACCAUCUAAAGAAAUUUUGGAAAGUGGUCCGUAUGUUUUUGCCGAUAUUUUGGACUUUAAGAAGCUACAGGAACUGAUCGUGAACUAUAACAUUGAUUGGAUCAUCCACUUCAGUGCUCUGCUUAGUGCCAUAGGGGAAAACAAUGUCCCACUGGCAAUGCGUGUCAACAUCGAGGGUCUCCAUAACGUGCUCGAGUUAGCCAAACAGUACAGACUUAAAAUAUUUGUACCAAGUACUAUCGGAGCAUUUGGUCCAGACUCGCCACGUGAUCCCACACCUGACCUUUGCAUACAACGUCCUAGAACAAUUUACGGAGUCUCCAAAGUUCAUGCUGAACUGAUGGGCGAGUACUAUUAUCACAAGUUUGGUAUGGACUUCCGGAGUUUACGAUUUCCGGGCAUCAUAUCAGCCGAUACAAAUCCGGGAGGUGGCACCACGGAUUACGCUGUAAAGAUCUUCCAUGACGCCCUAAAGACCGGCCAUUUUAAGUGCUAUCUACGCGAGGACACUAGACUUCCGAUGAUGUUCAUUGACGACUGUCUGCGGUCAGUCGUGGAAUUCAUGGAAACUCCUGACUCAAAGCUAAAAAUGAGGACUUAUAAUGUAACUGCAAUGAGUUUUACACCAGGCGAGAUUGUGGAGGAAGUCCGAAAACACGUGCCGGAACUGAAAGUGACGUAUGAAAUUGACGGCCGACAAGAUAUAGCUGACACCUGGCCUAAACGUUUUGAUGACAGUAACGCGCGCGCUGACUGGGGAUGGAAGCAUACGCUAGAUCUUCCUGGAAUGUGCAAGGCCAUGUUUGAUUUCCUGGCUCCAUCAGAAAAACCAGAACAAAGGAUAAAAAUGUAAACUUUAAUGUUAAUUGUCAAGGACUCUGGACUCGUGUCCUGCUAGAGAAACGAAUCUCAAGAAACGCAAUGGAAUCUCAAUUUUAACUUAACAUGAAAUCUCACUUUUUUGGAAUUGUUUUAUUUGUUUGAUGUGAAUUUUUGCGAGUUUUAAUGUUUAUAUUUUGGGUCUUUUUUGUUACCUGCU